AUGGCAGAAAAAUCCGAAACCCUUGUCACCAAGGACGAGCGUAUCAACGAGGCAAAGGAACUGUUUGGUCGCGGUAGCCGAAACUAUUGCAUGAAACAGUACGCGGACGCGGCCGACGAUCUGAGCGAAUGUUGUUCCAUCUACUCCGAGCUGUACGGCCCGAGCGCGGAACAGCUAGGAUUGCCUUACCUAAUGUAUGCCAAAUCUCUGAUCGCCCUCGGGAAAGAUGAGAACAAUCUGAUCGUCGCCGAAGAGGCAGAAGAUGAUGGAGAGGAGGAUGACGAUGAUGAUGAGGAGGAGGAGGAGGCGGCGGCGGCGGAUGAAAAUGAAGGGGGAGAAAAUGGUGACGGUGAGAAGAAGAAAGAACAACCAGAAACGGAAGUAAAAGAAAAUGUAGAUGAACCAAUGGAUACGAAAGAAAAAUCCGAUGAAGAUGCUACAGCCGCGGAAAAAGAUAACGAAUCCAAGGACAAAGCCGGCAAGGCUGAAAGUGCUGAAGCUGCUCCGGGCAGCAGUGAACCGAAGGAGGAAAAUGGUGAACCACAGCCAGGACCGUCGACUUCGAACGGUACCGGCAAUACUGCGCAGGAGGAGGCAGCGGAAAAUUUGCAGGUUGCCUGGGAAAUCCUUGAACUGGCGGUAAACAUCUUCCAGCAGCAGGGCGAAAAGGGGUUGGAAAAUCUUCCCGAGUGCUAUAUGGAAUUGGCAGGCAUUUCGUUUGAGAACAGUUUCUUCAAAGAAGCAACGAAUGAUUACGUGAAAGCGUUGGAAAUUUAUAAGAAAACCGAGCAACUAGACCGGCGGCUGCUGGCCGAAGUGAACUACAAGGUUGGACUGUGUUAUAUGAUGGAGCGAGAGUUCGAAGAGUCGAUCAAAUCGUUCAAAGGAGCCGUAGCGGAACUGGAGAAGGUGGUGGAGCAAGAGAAAGCGAAAGAACAGACUGAUGAUAUCAAGGAAACCAUUCUGGAUCUGGAGGAUAUGAAGAUGGAAAUUUUAGAAAAGAUAACUGAUGUGGAAGAUGCGAUGAAAACGCCCAUCGAAGAUGUCAAGCGAGAGCUUUCGAAAAUUAUCGUCUCCGGUGGUGAAUCAAAUGGCAAGGAUCUAAAUAAUGGUGCAGGUCCAUCGUCUUCUUCUGCUGCUGGUAGUAGUUCCAAUGGUACCGCGUCGAAGUCAUCGGGUGUAGCCGCCAAACCAGCGAAUGAUAUUUCACAUCUUAUCAAGCGAAAGAAACCCGACACCGCUAGCCCGGAAGUGGAAGGAUCUCCCGCGAAGAAAACGGCUUCCGAGUCGGAAAAUGUAGCGUCACACAACACAAGUGCUUAAGGUACAACUGCGGCAGAAAGUAUU